GAGCAAUGAGUGUAAACAGUAAAAGAGAAAUUCUAAGAGUUACACAAGUUUUUUUAGGCAUCAUAUUCUUAAGUAUCACACCUAAGAUUGGAUGAUGGAUAGGUUUGGGUUUGAAAUCAAGUGGAGGGGAUGGAUUAUGGAGUGCCUUUCAACAGCAAGGGUGUCGAUUUUAGUAAAUGGAAGUCCCAUGGAGGAGUUUGCAAUGGGGAAAGGGUUAACACAAGGUGACCCUUUAUCACCUUUUCUAUUUUUGAUGGUUGGUGAAGGUUUGCAUGGUUUAGUGCAAAAAUCAAAGAGGGCGGGGUUGUUACAUGGUCUGGAGAUAGGACAGAGGGAGACAUCUAUUUCUUUGUUUCAGUUUGUGGUUGAUACAGUAAUUAUAGUGCAGAAUUUGAGGGUGUCUAAGCUUUGGGGAGAUAUUAUAAGGGCAGGUGGGAAAUCACUUAGGCUAAGGGACAUGUUGGUAAGGGGGUUUCGGUGGGAGCUAGUUGGUAAUAAGGAAGGCGUGGCUAGGGACAUGGGGAAGAGGGAGAGGGAAGGGUGGAGAUGGAAUAUGGAGUGGCGAAGAAAGAGAAUAAGGCGUGAACAAGGUGAGGAACAGGGUGACAAACAGGUGUUGUGGGAGGUGCUGGAUGGUAUACAGAUUAAGGAAGGUGUGGAGGAUUGUUGAAAAUGGAAGUAUGACGAAGAGGGUUGAUAUGUGGUGAAAAAAAUUCAGUAUUUUUUGGCUCCUAUGGAGUGUUUACUUGAGGUCCAGUUUUGUAAAUUGAUCUGGUGCAGGUUAGUGCCUUCCAAAGUGAGCUUUUUUGGGUGGAGAUUGUGUCUUGAUAGAUUGCUGACAAAAUGGAAUUUGUAGAAAAGAGGGGUGCUGUUACAGGGGGAUGGAUUCGUGUGUGGUUUGUGUAAGGAGGAGGUGAAGGAAGUGAACCAUUUGGUUUUGUACUUGUAAAGAAGCUUGGUUAGUGUGGGUGCAGGUGUUUAAUUGGUGGGGUCUUGAGGUUGUAUUGCCAGAAACAGUGUGGGGAGUGACAGAAUUAUUCAUGGGCUGUUUGGGUAGGGUAGUUGGCAAGGAGGUGAGUGCAUGUGUUUUUCUGGUUGUUGGUUGAUUCUUAUGGUUUUGGAGGAAUGCUAAGGUGUUUGGGAGUGAUGAGGAUAUGGAGCAACUGUUGGAAAGGAUUCAAGCUAAGUCUUUUUUCUAGAUUAAACAUAAAGUAGAUGGUUGUGUUUUUUCAUUUUCUCAGUGGCAGCUAGAUCUAGUAGAAUGUGCAGCAACAGUGAAAAGUUACAAAAGGUGUUUAAAAUUGUUUCAUAAGUAGCAGUAGUGUUAGGUUUGUAGGGCUUCAUUGGUAGCUGUCUUGAGUUGUACAUGUGAGCUUCUAUUUAUAAGUAUAAGGGUUGGGUGUAUUAUUUUUUAAGUUUCAUUUGUUCAUGCGUGCUUAUAUUUAUCAGUACAGGGGUUGGGAGUUUUUAUAAGUACAAGGGUUGCGUUGUGCAUGUCGGCUUUUGGUGGUAUUGUGAGAGAAUAAAAAUAUUUUGUAUGA